AUGGCAGAGGAUAAGGGAUAUGGAAGUGAAAUUCACGAAGUGGAGAAAGGUAGCGAGCAUAGUGGUGGUGCCGUUAACUUUCUCCAUAGCAUCCAAGCACGCUACGCCAAGGUUGAUCCUGCUAGCUAUUUACGUCGCCCCGAUGAAUCAAGUAGUAGCUACUGGGUACGACGCCUUGGAUCACUCAAACCUAUCGAGUUGUUAUUGGGAGAAUACAAUGCCACACCCUUGAGACGCUAUUUGAAUGCAUUCCACUUGAUCUUUUUCGGUAUUGGUGCUAUCAUCGGCACAGGUAUUUUUGUCUUGUCGGGUCAAGCUGCUGCCAAUCACGCUGGCCCUGCAGUGACCAUUUCGUUUAUUGUCGCUGCUGUUGCCUCAUCUUUUGCCGCUAUGAGUUACUCGGAAUUGGCAUCCAUGAUUCCAGUGUCAGGUUCAGCCUAUACUUAUGCCUAUGCUACGAUGGGCGAGUUUGUCGCUUGGACGCUUGGCUGGGAUUUGAUCCUUGAGUACAUGGUGGGCGCUGCAACGGUCGGUGUCGGCUGGUCCGGCUACUUUGUCACGUUUUUCAAGGUUGCUUUCAAUGUUGAAUUUGGCGAAAAUUGGACUGAGCCUCCUAUCAAAUGGCAAGAAAGCCCUGCUAGCAUCUAUUACGAUGAAGGCCAUUACUUUAAUGUGCCCGGCUUUGUGAUCGUCAUGAUUGUGACCACCAUCUUGUGUAUUGGUAUUCGACAAUCCUCAUGGGUCAACUCGGUGAUUGUGGUGAUCAAAAUGCUUGUUGUCUUUAUCUUUGUAUUUGCCUUGUGCGGCUUUGUCGAUCGUGACAACUAUAGCCCCUAUGUUCCUCCUAACACUACAGGCGAUUGGCAUUUGUUUGGUGCACCGGGUAUAUUUGCAGCAGCGUCCACUGUCUUUUUUGCGUUUAUUGGAUUUGAUUCGGUGACCACCGCUGCUAUGGAAUGCAAGAACCCACGUCGUGAUCUUCCCAUUGGCAUUAUUGGUAGCUUGAUCGUCACCACGAUCAUGUAUGUGGCGUUCUGUACGGUGAUGACAGGCGCCGUAAGCUAUACGGAGCUCAAUGUGGCUGCCCCACCCACCGUUGCUGUAUCUGCUGUGGAAGCUCGUACAGGAAAAUCAUUUCGCUGGCUCAAUAUUGUUGUAUCACUUGGCGCUCUUUUUGGUCUUACCUCAGUGAUGAUGAUCAUGUUGCUUGGUCAAUCUCGUGUGUUCUUUUCCAUUGCCAAGGAUGGCAUGUUGCCAUCUGUGUUUGCCAAAGUACAUCCUAAAUUCAAGACACCCUAUGUGGCAACCAUUGUCGUGGGCACCAUUACUGCUAUCCUUGCAGCCAUUCUUCCCGUCGACCUUUUGGGUAACAUGACAUCCAUUGGUACAUUGCUUGCAUUUUUCAUUGUGCAUGCCGGUGUCAUUUUGCUUCGGUUUACAAGACCCGAUGUCGAACGAUGGUUCAAGAUCCCUGGUGGCAAAUACCUAUUUGCAGUAUUCCCAAUUCUCGGCAUGGUGGUGUGCGUCCUUUUAAUUGCUGUGGCCGAAGUAACCACCAUUUGGCGUCUCUUCGUCUGGAUGGGUAUUGGUUGGAUCAUCUACUUUUCUUAUGGCAUUCGCAAAUCGAGACUUCACAAGGACCCCAUUGGUCGCUUUGCCGAAGUACACGCCCAUAUGGAUCCCAAAGAGGAAUCAAGAUAUGAAGUUCAAGAUUAUGAUUACAACCACGAGCGCAUGUAA